UUCGCUCGGUCGUGAGGCAUGUACGUUCGUUUGCACGCGUGUUACAGGCCUACUAGUUGGGGGCACUUGUGGAAGACGCAUUCUUUGAGGCGAAUGAUAAUAGAUCAAGCAGUUACUCCGAGUGUCGGGAGAAAACGCCCAUCGUAAAGGCAAAUAAAAAAAAAUGGAUAAAUCAGGAUUAGAUACAUUCGUUCUAUCUGAGAAGGACAAAGAAGACUUUCGUGCCCUUAUGGAAGACGUGUUCAUUCCAUACGAGCCCAUGUGCGUAGGCUGUAAGGGAACCGCCAAGGAGCUCCUCCCUUUCAUAUUAGGAUUUGGAGCCAAAGGACUCGCAAGUGGUGUUAGUUUCGGCAUGAAGGAAAAAUCCUCCGGGAGGGUGAUAGCUGCGGUUAGCAACUACUUCAUCACACCGGAAGACACCGCAAUCACCGAGGAUAUAAGAUACGACGAGGAAAAGAGCAACUGGUACUCAGACGUGAUGGCCGAGUUCUGCGCCGGAGUGGAUGUGUUCAAAGGGAAAUUCAAGAAGUGUCUUGACAUAACAAGCCUCUGCGUUCAUCCCGAUUACAAGGGAAAAGGACUGGCGAAAGAGCUAAUCAGACUGAGUGAGGAGAAAGGAAGAGAGAUGGGCUGCGAUGUGGCAUCCAUUCAAGCAUCGAACAUCGUCACGUACCACAUCUCCAAGAAACUGGGUUUCGAAGAAAUUCACAGGCAGGAGGUUGAGACACUGAAAGACGAGAAUGGUCUCCCCGUUCUAGACAUGGAGUUUAUGAAAACAAAUGGAACGACAUUUCUGUCUUUCUUAACCAAGGCCCUAUGAACAGUGGAAUAUGGGGGUCAGCAACGCCACAGUUUUCAGCUGUUAAAUUAAGAGACUGAAUAUAGUAGGAUUCUGACUGUUAAAACCAGCAGACUAAAAAUGACGGGAUUAAGAAAAUUUACCACCUAUAAAAUGUGAUGUUAUGGGAGUUACCUCUUUCUAAAAAUGCUGUAAAACCAUUUCUCAUAAAAAUUUACUUCUAAAUUUAAAUAGAUUUUGCUCUUAG